AUGUUAGACAUAUCCCAACCCGGGUUGCUUACAACAAAAGCACUCUUCGUAUUAGCUGCUGCUGGGAUUACUUUGGCUGUCUGCCACCUUUUGCUUCAUUUCAAUCUUCUACCAUUCGGUAACGAUGUUCCACCUGCGACCGCGCAUCAGCUGCGACACAUUCCGCUGCUACAGUUUGACGGACCAAACGGUGUUGAACGAUAUGUAAGCGAGACCCGGAGCCUCCUCCGAAAAGGCUACGAGAAAUACCUGCGCCAAGGUGUCCCUUUUCAGAUGCGCAACCCGGUCGAGGAACUUGGUGCUCAGGUGGUUCUACCGCCCAAGUAUUUGGACGAAGUCAAAAGGGCGCCCAAGGAUCUCUUUAGCUUCGAGGCCUACUCGGAAAAGGCGUUUUUGCUGAACUACAGCCGCGCGCCGAGGCAGACAGAGGCUGCAGCGCACAUUGUCAGAGUAGAUCUCACCAGAAACCUGGGGGCUCUUGUAACGGACCUCUGGAACGAGUCUGCGCUUUAUCUAGACGAGACCUACACAGCCGAAUGGCAGACAAAGCAGGCCUAUGAAGUCGUAUGCGGUUUUGUAGCACGGGUAACUUCUGUGGCCAUGGUAGGAGCGCCGCUAUGUCGUAACCCUGUCUGGAAUCGAAUCGUCGUCGAAACAACGAUCGCGUCGGUCGGGGCGGCACAAGCCAUCAAAGACAAGUACAGUGCACGCUGGAGAUGGCUAGCUCCUUGGUCAGAAUCGAUCCAAAAGGACCUGAGGCGAAUACGAAAGGAGUCGGUUGAGCUUCUUAGACCAUUAUACGAAGACCGCAGAGCAGCAGUUUCACGCUCGGAUGAUGUUCAGGGUCCAUCUGAAACGUUUAGGGACACUCUUUACUGGCUCAUGACAAGCAAUCAGAAGGAUCGAUCAUUGUCCGGAAUCACUGAAUCGCAGCUGUUUCUGUCCUUGGCUGCCAUACACACCACCUCGUCGACCCUGAACUCUUUUGUCUACGAUUGGAUCGCUCAUCCCGAGUAUCACGAAGAAAUCUUGGCCGAGGUUAAGGACACAUUGGCAAAGGUGCAGGCUAAUGGCGGCAAAUGGACCUUACAGGAUGUGGCCAUGCUGCGGAAGCUGGACAGCUUCAUGAAAGAGAGUGCUCGAAUAAACCCCAUCGGAUUUGUCUCAAUCCAGCGCUACACUUUGAAGCCCUAUACAUUCAAGGACGGCUUUCAACUUCCCGCUGGCGUGAGUUUCGUGUUCCAUUCUGACGGUGUUCAUCACGAUCGGGAUAACUAUCCCGACCCGGAGAAGUUCGAUGCCUAUAGACACCUUCACCUGCGCGAGACCGUCGACCCCAACCGUUUCCACUUCGCUUCGGUCUCUGACAGCGCCCUUAGCUUCGGAGCUGGGAAUCACGCAUGUCCUGGCCGGUUCCUCAGCGCCAUCAUUAUGAAGUUCUUCCUUAUACAGUUCAUGACUGCAUAUGAGAUGAAAUACGAGCAUGGCGGCAUAGAGAGGCUACCGAAUCACGACAAUAGCAACACCACCGCCCCUAACCGUACUGUCAAUCUUCUGGUGAGACGUCGUGAUGAAACCUCGAACAAUGUUUAG